AUGGAGAAGGCGAAGGAAAUCCAGACGAAGCUGGAUAGCCUCCAGCAGGAGAUGUACACCGAGGUGGAGGCGUGUUAUAUGAAGUACAACAAAAGAAGAAAUGCGAUCUUCACGGCGCGCCGUGAAGCCGUUUCGGAGCUGAUGGUGAAGAAGGAGCUGCCUGCAAACUUCUGGGCGCUUGCGCUCAUCACCCAGUUGCAGAUGAAGGACCGCGAGUCGACGACUACGCCCCACUUCCUUGGGCCGUACGAUGAGGAGCUGCUCAAGACGUAUCUGGAGGACAUCGAGGUGGUGUAUAUGGAGAAGGGCCAUCGCAUCACGCUGCGCUUCAGGCCAAAUCCAUUUUUCGAGGAGACGGAGCUCUGGGCCGAGGAGGUUGAGAUGCUGGAUGGUGAGUCGGAUGAGGAGGAUGAGGUACCGCACGUGGAGGAGGGUUGGCGCUUUUCAGGUGUGACGUGGAAGGACGGGCACGGGCCACAGCUGGGCGACGACGAGAAGACCGAGGAAGAUGAUGCUGCCCCAGGCAGCAAGCGCCCGCGUUCGAGCAACGGUGGUUCGGCCGCCUCCGCUCUUUCCUCGACGCAGGGCCCCAGCGUGCUGGAGGUGUUCAGCGAGAUGCCACCCCACCCGGAGGAAGACGAGGAGAUGGAUGAGGAGGACGACGACGCCAUGGCGGACGCCAUUGAGGAGUGGGAGGCGGAGAUGGAUGACCGCAAGAUGCUGUUGUCGAUGGUGGAACUGCUUGUUCACAACGACCCCGUCUCCGCCAUGCGCGACGUUGGUGCUGCCGAGACUGGCGGGGGCAACAGUGAAGAGGCGGCAGCGAAGAAAGCGAAGAUGGGGUGA